AUGCAUGGACGGCUUCUCCUCCUUGCCAGCUUUUGCUGGCUGUGGAGGCCUUGGGCCUCCGAGAAUCAUUGGUGGAUUCUUCGAGGAUUUGGGUUGCAGCAGCUCCGUUGUGUAGCAGCCAUGGCAGCCAUGGAAGGGGAGCCUGUAGCGGUGGUGGGCCAGCAGCUUCGGGUGAGGAGAAGGAAGGCUCAGGUUUGGCCAGAGAUGGGCAAGCUUUCUUCUAUGUGGGAGGGGAGCAAUGACAUCAGGGCUCUGUUCAGAGACAACAAGCAGAAGCUUCUGAAAUGGCCGUCGCCAUCUGUGGUGGGUGUUGCAAGCCUUAAGGCUCUGUCGCUCAAUAUCGCACUGGUGAACCAAGCCAUUGAGGUUUGGGCGGAAGUUAAUCCCACGCCGAAAACUAUGUCGGUGGAUUGGCUGAAGCAAGACAGAUCGCUGCAAGUCCUCUUCGAUACCAUGACAGCUGCUUGGGGUCAGGAUGCAGAGAUGGAAGAUGACGGGGGCGAUGAUGCCGGUGCGAUUUUGGAUGACGCCUACUUGGCUUCCGAUGAUGCUGGUGACUCUGACUCUUUUCCGGCUCAGGCAGAGGAUUCGACUGCCGGCGACGGCGAAGCCUUGGAUCGCCAGAUCUCGCUCCUGGAUUUGCGGGUGGAAGAACUUCAGAGAGAGUUGGAUGCCCGCAGGGCCAAUCGACAAUUGGGUGUUGCAUGUGCAGACCCUUCCAACAGCGACACUUUGCCGCACGACCUCAUGGACAAUUACAUGGCCGACACCCCAAUCGAGAUCAGUGAUUCUGAUUGCGAGAAUAUUGUUCUGAAUGAGGAGUACAUGCAGGAGCCUUCUGCUGCAUGCUGCCCAGAGUCCGCUGAACCAGGUGUCAGUACGGGGCAGCCGCCAGCAGAAGAUGAGAAGUCCCUUGCCGGCUGGAGCAGCAUGCGAUCUCCGCGACAGUUCGUGGGCAUGGCACCACCAACAACGAACACGACGAUGAAGGCGAUGAGCCGAAGCCACGUGCAGGACGAGGACGUGGACGUGGCCGAGGACGUGGUUCGGGCAAGGCCAAGCCGGCGAAAUCCGCCGUUGGUGGUGGCAGAGGCGGCCGAGGAAGAGGUGGAGACCCCAGAAAAGGCAACCCCGCCGGAGAGAAAGAGAGCCAAAGCCCCGAAAGCCAAAGCCAAAGCAGCUUCAAAAUCGAAGUGUUCCCCAAAGUCGAAGGCAUCUCCCAAAUCCAAGACGGGCCCCAAAGCCUCCAAGACCGAGCCAAGCAAGCCCCGCAACGAUGAGAGUGGUGAUGGUAUGGGCGAUGAAGACAAAGGUGCUGAUGAAGGCAAAGGUGAUGGAAAGGCGAAACGACGACGCCACUCCGAAGACGACAAGAGUUUCGCACGCCGUGCGAAACCUAAGUCCUCCCAAGCUUUGAUCCACUGGUCCGCAAUCCGUGAUGUGUUCAAGUCCGACAUCGCCUUGAAGUUGACCAACCCUGGAACCAAGCAGGACGACUUCUGGACGAUUGCGAAGCCCAUGAUGCCGCCGAAGAGCCAAAGUACAUACGAAGAAUGUGUUAAGGUUGCCAAGAAGGCUGCACGUGAGUUUCUGCUGACUGUUCCUGAAGAGGAACCGUAA